AUCAGAGACGUACCAUUUCAGGAGAAGCUGCGGAAAAUAUUCUUAAGAUAGUUGCCAAAAUCUAUUUUAUUUUAUAAUAUUGUGUACAAUUGUAUUCGAAAUUUGUCUUGUUUUUAAAUAUACAUAAAUCGUUGUUUGGAAACCACAGUGAAUGUUAUUUAAUUGUUAAUGCAUAUAGAAAUUUGCACACUCUUUUGUCUGCAAAAUUGUAUAUGCAUGUCUGUACUCCUAAAACUUAAGUCUAGUUUGAUAAGUUUUUCAAGAUAUUGUUAAGAAUUCUAGGCAAUGAAAAGUUUUCAAGAUGUAGCUUAUAAGCAGGUACGCACACACACAUACUUUAAUAUGUAGACACAUGAAAUAUGAAUAUUUUCUCUAAGCAUCUACCCCUUUGAAAAAAUCAAUGCCUGCAUUGAGGCUCCUUCAAGGGAACAGAACCUACAUAUAAAAGGAAAGCAAAUAUUAAUGCUAUAGUCGAGUCCGCCGACUAUGAUACUUCCCUACAUGUUAAGAAUAUAUUGUAACUAUAAACUUAUCUUUCUUUACAGGAGCACCUCAUAUGUAUAUCCUUAAUAGUUAAAAUUCCACGAUCAAAGAAAAUGAUCAAUAAUAAGAAUGAUUAUUAUUUAUCACAUUCUAGGAUGGGAAAUAUAUAUACAACAAUUUACUGUCUUUUAUAUAUCAUGCUCUUAUAAUCUUUCAGGUUUUAUUCCUAUUUUUAUAAAUAUUAGAAAAAAACAUUUUUUUAGAUUGACUUACACCUUUAUCCACUACAGGAAUCGACUUGAAAAUGUAAUAUCCUCUUUUUCAGAACACUUGUUAUGAGAUCAAGAGGUGGAUUUAUCCAUUAUGUAUCUAUAAUCAACCAUUUCCGAAACAUUCUUAUCCAUGGCUUGCCAAUCCGCUUGUCCGUUUGAUUGUCUGUCCGUCCGUCUGCACAUCCGUCUGUGUGUAUACAAGGGCUUUAUUAAAGCCCAUUCUUUAGUCAUUAUGUACACUUGGUCAAAUUACUGAAGUGCAUUAUGUACACUUGGUCAAAUUACUGAAAUGCAAAAUAAAUCCUCUUGAGAUCUCACACUUUAAUAAUAAAUAUGUAUUUAUAGUUUUCCAAUCUAAUUACAACAUUUAUCAUUACAGAAGAGCUGCAGCAGGAUAAACUGAUCGAUGUUUCAUUUGAAUUGGUGUAUAUUUAAUACCAAAUUAAGUAUGCAUCAAAUAAAUGAACUUGUAACAAAGAAUUUCGGAGAAGUUUCAUCAGGGUUACUAAUGAAUUAUUUUACAAAGAUGAGAGAGUUUAGGGGCUUAUAACGAAGCAAACCUUGGGAUAGUAAGUAAUCAUCGACUUCAGAGAAGCUCGGGCAUUCAUGUUCUAUCAGACAAGUAAAUCGGAUUCGGAGAUUAAAGAUUAAUGACGCAAUGUUAAAAUAUCCAAAUCCAUUUUAAAGAAAAAUGUUAAGAAUUUUAGAUCAGCCCAACCAACAUUUUAGGAACAUCAACAUAAAAGAGAUCAUUUAUGUACUAUUGCCUUUAUAGGAGUUUAUUUUUGUCAAAAUUGGUAUAGAUCUCAAUUAGAGUGCUUACCAAAAGCCACAACCUCUGUAGUAUAAGAUUAAGGUUCAACCGUAAUGAAUAUAACUUUCAGUUUCCAAAACAUGCAUCGGAUACAUGAUGACGAAUACCCUGAAGAUGUUAAGGAUUCUGACUUUAAGGGAUCGGUUCAGAAGGAGAUAUCAGUCAAAUCCCGUCACCAAAUAUCCAUACCAGAUAUUUGCACAGAAGCCGUCAAGAAUAACUGUUUUCCGCCGACGGGUUUUUUGAAUAACUCGAUUGCCUUUGCCUCUCAUGUAGUCAAGUGCAGUUCUCCGGCCUCGAGCAUAGAUGAAUCCUCAUCGACGGCCCAGCACGAAUCCAACCCCCACAUGCACAUGCAGGGCCAGCAUUUGAUGGCUCCUGUUCCCGAUCUUGGGUUCUACAAUGUUCCCGAGUUUAUUUCGGAGCAGGAAAAGCUCAUGUUUUCCGAUGCCGAAAGAUUUUUAAGGUCAAAAGAUAAUGAAGCGUGCAGCAAUGAUUUUAGCUAUAUGCACGACGAAUUCGCCAUGCGCAAGUACUAUCAUCCUCUAUUUGCUCAUGGCAUAUGUCGCUGGCCCGGUUGCGAAAUGGACUUGGAAGAUAUCACAUCAUUUGUCAAGCAUCUGAAUACUGAACACGGAUUGGAUGAUCGGUCAACCGCUCAAGCACGAGUCCAAAUGCAAGUUGUCUCUCAGCUGGAAUCCCACCUUCAAAAAGAAAGAGAUCGCUUGCAGGCCAUGAUGCACCACUUGUAUUUAUCUAAGCAACUUUUAUCACCCACCAAAAUUGACAGGAAGGACGUACCCGGAAGAGACGGAAAGUUUUGCCGAAGUCCGCUCACAAUAAAUAGCAUAGGUCGACCCAUCCGCCAAACAAAUUCACCUAGCUCUCUUAAUCUCCCAAUGGUAAACUCCACCAACUUAUGCUCGAUCAAAAAAAGAAGCCACGACAAGAACUCUUUUUCCAUAAAUGGUGGAUUACCGUACAUGCUUGAAAGAGCUGGGCUCGACGUACAGCAGGAAAUUCAUCGAAAUAGAGAGUUUUACAAAAAUGCUGAUGUGCGACCGCCUUUCACUUAUGCUUCACUCAUAAGACAGUCCAUUAUCGACUCCCCCGAUAAGCAGCUAACCCUAAACGAAAUUUACAAUUGGUUCCAAAACACUUUUUGCUACUUUCGGCGCAAUGCAGCUACGUGGAAGAAUGCGAUACGUACGAAUCUAUCAUUGCACAAGUGCUUUGUACGAUAUGAAGAUGACUUUGGCUCGUUUUGGAUGGUCGACGAUAAUGAGUUUGUUAAAAGACGGCACUUGUCAAGAGGGCGGCCACGGAAAUAUGAUCCGUCCUCCUCCCCAAAUUCGUGCCAAUCUGGCAACGGUGUAUCUACUGACAAAAAUCCCUGCGACAAUUGUCCCCAACAUUGCUCAAGUUUGCCCCCGGGGGCUGAAAAUCCCCUAGAUCCAAACAAUCCAAAUGAUAUCGGGCGAAUUGGUUGUCUUCCGUUUUGCGGAAGUGAUGGUUUAAAUAAGGUGUCUAAGGAGUAUAGCAAUAUGGAUUCGGGUAUGGUCGAAAGUAACAGCCAUUUAGCAAUGGAUGAAUACUCUACUAAUAUGUAUGAAAGUAGUGCCAGUGAGCAUAAUCGAUAAAUGUAUCAAUAAUAAUAUUUAUUUAGAUGCAUUGUCGACAUAUCUGCGUUUUUUAGUCCAUAAGGUUCGGAUUCGGAAAUUAUACUUGUAAAUACAUAUAGUUAUAAGUAUAAUUUCCUUAAUAGAAACAAAGAAAAACACUUUUAAAAUAAAUUACACUAAUGCAAUAAAAUAAAUACAACUUUCUGUAAAAUAUUAUAGCAGAAUUAAUUUUUUUUCAAUCUGCUUUAUCAAGUCAGAAUAUCAAACAAUUUAAGUUUAUACUUUAGAAGAUUUUUUAGAUUUUCAGCAGUUCAAAAAGGGUAAAGUAAAUACUUCUACUAAGAGGUGCACCCGCUUGAUUGCAACAUAAGGUCAAUACUCCCAGGUGUAAGUAAGUAAAGGAAAUGUCCAUUUCCAGAUUUCAUAAUGGUCGGCCCUUUUAAACAUUCAUUAACAAUUCCUCGUUUUAUUUCAGGUUAAUGGUGACACUGGAAAACCAGAAAACAAAAUAUUAUUUACCAAAAAAUACACAAACCCUUGUGAUUAAAGUUUCUAAAAUUUUCAGGAGAAUAAAA